UACUGUCUCGGGUCUGCAGCAAUACCCUUCUCGCCAAGCCUUGUAUGUGACGUCACCAAUGGUGAAGAAAACAAAAUUGGCGUGCACGUGUGUUUCGUGUCUUUUACUUGUGAGUACUAAACUGGAGAAGUGGAACGAGACGGUUGAGUGAGCAGACUUUUAAAAAAGCAUCAUGUCACCCAGAGGCAGAAGAGAAAAAGAAAAAGCUGAUGUUUACUGGAACAUCUCAAUGGAUGUGAAACAGGAGGGCUGUGAUGUGCACACAAAUAUCAUGGAUAUUAAGGAGGAGGACUGUGAGUUGGAGUCCAUCUACCUUAAACAGGAAAGUCUGAGCAUCAAGGAGGAGAACAGUGAACUGCAGGCAGUGGGCAUUAAAGAUGAAGCUGAAGAGAAGUCUGUCAGUAUUGAGACAAUUAACCAUACAAAUCUGGACAGUGUAAAAGAAGACAACCUUCAUGAUGGGUGUCAAGAUGGAGUGGUAACCUGGUUAGACUCUUCUCAAAGCAGACACUGUUCAUCUCCAGGGCCUUCUGUCAAUGUGAAGACUGAAUCAUUACAGUCUAAACCAAAGAGGACUAAGAAAAGUACAUCUGUAAGAGCUCAGGAAAAUCGGCCACCAUCUACAAAGAAGUCUGGAAAAAGAAACAAAGAUCAGUGCAGUUUGGAAUCUGGAAAAAAAAUCUCUGGCAGGAGUGCUCUUCAGAUCAACACUGGAGUUCACACGGGAGAGAAGCGAUAUUGCUGUAAUGAAUGUGGUAAACAGUUUUCACGUAUAAGCAAUCUGAAUGACCACACUAGAGUUCACACCGGAGAGAAGCCAUAUUGCUGUAAUGAAUGUGGUAAACAGUUUUCACAUAUAUACAGUCUGAAGAUCCACACUAGAGUUCACACGGGAGAGAAGCCGUAUUGCUGUAAUGAAUGUGGUAAACAGUUUUCACAUAUAACCAGUCUGAAGGAUCACACUAGAGUUCACACGGGAGAGAAGCCAUAUUGCUGUAAUGAAUGUGGUAAACAGUUUUCACAAAUGAGCGCUCUGAAGAGCCACACUAGAGUUCACACGGGAGAGAAGCCGUAUUGCUGUAAUGAAUGUGGUAAACAGUUUUCACAAAUGAGCGCUCUGAAGAACCACACUAGAGUUCAUACCGGUGAGAAGCCAUAUUGCUGUAAUGAAUGUGGUAAACAGUUUUUACGUAUAAGCAGUCUGAAAGACCACACUAGAGUUCACACUGGUGAGAAGCCGUAUUGCUGUAAUGAAUGUGGUAAACAGUUUUCACAUUCAAACAGUCUUCAGAUCCACACUAGAGUUCACACCGGUGAGAAGCCAUAUUGCUGUAAUGAAUGUGGUAAACAGUUUUUACGUAUAAGCAGUCUGAAAGACCACACUAGAGUUCACACUGGUGAGAAGCCAUAUUGCUGUAAUGAAUGUGGUAAACAGUUUUCACAAAUGGGCCAUCUUCAGAGACACACUGGAGUUCACAACAGUAGAAAAAGGGUAACAGUUCAAAAAUCAGUCCAGAAAAACAAGCACCCUUCAGGACUCAAGAGUGAGGUUCACUCCUGUCUUGAAAAGUAAGUAAACUAAACUAUUGUUGACAAAUUUAAUCUCUGAGAGGAGUCAUAUUGCUGUUUAGAAUGUGGCAAACAACUCUGUCAGAGGAGUUCUCUUCAGAGACACACCAGAAUUCACACCGGAGAGAAGCACAACUGAACUGUCCUGACUAAAGAGUGAGGUUCACUCCUGCCUGGACAGUAAGCAGAUAUAACUGACUGGAAUCCAUCCUACUUAGUGUUGUGUCAGAAACAAAUCAACACAGAGGAGAAUCAGAAGUGUAUAUCCUUUUUCUUUUUCCCGAAACAAAAUAAAGAACAGGGCAUCGUACAAACUGCUUCUCACCAAAGCCCCUACAGCCUCCACCAUGCGCCUAGCUCUGUUUUCAUAACAUACGUAUUACAUAUAGAACUAUUUACAAUAUAUUAUACAUAUUUCAUCAGAAAAGAACUCUUUACAAUAUAUAUAACCUCACAUAAUAAAUCAUAGUUCAGCUAUAUGAUAAUAUAUAUUUUUCUAUUUUUAUAUAACAAAAAAUAAAAUAACAGACGUUUCCAAAAA